GGAUAGGAAAACAGCGCUUCAAAGAGGCUCCCGUCUCCGUUCGCUGACCUUCUCUUCCCUUUGUUGAGCCUUUUCUCUUGUUUUCUCUUGAGAAGAACCUCGACUAGCUGUCGCGCUGCGCAGGAAAUCGACACUGUUCGCCUGGAAACAGUACUGUCUUUCUGAAUUGCCUUUGUCUCAGAUGCCAAUGACAUGCGGUUGGUGUGUGUUCCACUCGACGGAUGAAUCUUGAAGUUUUACCCGUCUAAAUCGCGAUUUCCUGCCGUCUAGUCCUUCUCGCUGACCUCGUGGACGCACUGCUGCCUUCCCCCAGGGAUAACUUCCGAAACAUUCUUAUUGGGUUCCUCUUUUUGUCUCAUCUGACUCAGACGUGAGUGAGGAAAAGCGUCGGUGGCUCUGUUGUGUCUCUGCACCGUUUAAAAAUCAUCUCUCCGUCGCGACAGUUCGCCUGGCUCUCUCCAUCUCUGCCCGCGCUCAGAUUCCAUUGCUUUUUCUUCUCUGCCGUCCUCUCAUCCGUUCUCCACUGGUGACGCGACGAAACGACUGUGCCGUCUUCUUCCCUGACUUUACUUUCGCUCUCGCAUGUGGGCUGUCUGUACACGUGAACGUCUCUGAGGUCCGUUUUUCUGUUUCCGUGGAUUUUUUCCGCGAGGCCACAGACGCCGUCCGACUUCGUCAUCUUCUCUCUCCCGUUCUCUCUCCUGCUUUUUUCAAGUCUUGCCUCGAUGCUUCUCUCCAUUUCCCCUCCGCCCCUGCUGUUAAACCUCGGUUUUAUCCGUUUCUUCUGCUUUUUACGGUCGACGUUCUUCCCUGCUCUCCGCGACUUUUGAAGUCAUGGCGCUACUUCGCAGGGAAGGCGUCAAGGGAAGGCGGACGAAGGCGAAAAAGAAAAAGAAAGCUGGCGGUGCUGCAUGCGGCGGGAGAGACGGAGAGACUCUGCGCCGAGACGCGCCUUCCAGCAAGCCGGUACCUCACACGGAUAACCACAGAGGCCGUUUUGUCGAGGAACGGAAAAACCCUCAGGCAGACUCUGCCUCGGGAUCUGCUGUCUCCGCAGGAUCCCCUUCUUUCCAGGUUCCUCCCAGUCUCUCUUGCGCCUCUCCGUUGUCCUCGCCGGCCUCUCCCUUCUCUGACUCCCCGUCUGCCGCUGAACGAGAGCGUCCUGCGCCCUCGACACCUACGGACGGCGACCGAGAGAACUUUGCCGGGAGACGAGAUGAAGAGUUCCUUGGAGCAGACGGAUACUUCGUGGAGGAAGAUCUCGAGAAGACUCAGAAACAACUGGUGACGAACAACAAGAUCCGCGGACUUCUCCAAUCCUUCAGAUCCUCCGCAUCCCGACGAACCACCGCGAACGCUGCUGCUUCGUCUGCUUCGUCUGCUUCGUCUUCUUGCUGCUUUUUCGACGACUACCCCAGGGUGGAAGAAGACGAGAGCGAAGAAGGCUCUGGGCGUCGGUCCGUUUCUCCAGGUGUCUCUGCUUCUCGCGACGCCGACGCGGCUGUCACCGAUUCCGGUGCGCCGAGCAGGAAGCGAGCGCGAGGCGGAGGCGAGGAGCUGGACGACGCGCGGCAGAAGACGCGAAAGAAGGGAGAGACAGGUCGGCGGGAUUCUUGCGCGAGAGACGCGGAGGCCUGGAACGGCGAAGAAGUCAGGGAGGAAGCGACUCACACUGAGAAGAGCGAGGGAUCGAGGAAGCGAGAAGAAAGCAGCAGCCGAUCCAACGCGCCCACCUGGCUUCGCGCCGACCCCUCCAGAGAAAAGCUGGAUUUCUUCCAUCGUCUUCACGAAGAGUGUGUCGACUUUCUUCAGUGGAUCGAUGCAACUGAAGAGGAGCAGCGAAACCGAGCCAAGGUGCUUGCGCGAGUGACGGCCGUCUCGCGACUCCUCUGGCCGAACUGCGUGGUAUGUCCGUUCGGGAGCUCUUACACGAAUCUCGCUCUUCCUCACGCAGACCUCGACAUUUGCAUCUUCAUCAACUCGGACCCCCCUCUUUUGGAAGAGUUUCGCGAACUCGCCGCAGUGGACUCUGCCAAGGAGAUCGCGGAGUCUGCCGCGUCUGCGCAGGCGGCCUCCUACCGCCGAUUCGGUGCCCUCGCCGAAAAGGUGAUGGCUGAGGCCUCCCGGUCUACAGAGACCUUCGGCUACGGAUCCUCCUUCAGAAGAAAAAAAGAAGAAGACGCUUGCCAUCUCAGACGCCUGGCUGCCGUCCUCUCAGCAUGCACAGUCUCGCUGCCGAGCCAGGACGCCCCGUCGUCCUCCGCUCCGAAUCGGAGAGAGUCUCCCCGGCGUCGCGACUCCCCUUUGGUUACGGACUUGCAGUUGAUUCUGGAAGCGAGAGUCCCCAUCUGCAGAUUCGUCGACACAGAGACGAACCUCCCUGUCGACAUCAGCCUCGACCAGCCAUCCGCUGUCUUAACGUCGCUGUACAUUCGUCUCCAACUUCUGCGCUUUCCACUGCUCCGGCCUCUCAUGCUCCUCAACAAGACCGCACUGAAACUCUGGCGCUUAAACGAACCUUUCAAGGGAGGUGUCGGAUCCUAUCUCCUCUUUGUCAUGACGCUGAGUUUCCUUCAACUCAAUCCUCGUCUGUACGACCGAAGAAUGAGUCAGCGCUACUCUCUCGGCCAUGCUCUGUUCGAAUUUCUGCACCACUACGGCGUCGAUUUUCACUAUCCAACUGUCGGCUUGAGUGUGCGGGACAAAGGCCGUCUGUUCCCCAAGGAGAGACGCAGGUGGCAGUAUGGCCAGGACAGAAACUGGAGCGAAGGCGGCAGGCAGUUCGCGUUCUCGACAGAGUUCGACAGAUUUCUUCUCGCUGCAGAGUCGCCCCUGGAAUCCACACGAGACAUCGGAAGAGGCGCCUAUCAAAUGCCCCAAGUGCGGAGUGCGUGGCGCUCGGCGUACGCGAGAAUGGCCUCUCGUUUGCGAGAAGAAACGUCGUCUGCUUCACGGUUGUCGUCGAUACGUGACGAUUCGCUGCUGUCGGCUCUCAUCUCGCCUACAGUCUUCGCAGAUCGACCCGCGCCUCCGCCUUCCCAGUCAGAUCUGUCUUCUCUUCGCGGCUCCGCCUCUCUCUCGAGAGAAGACGCAGAAAGCGAGAGAGGAGAAGAUGAAAACGCAAGAGAGCAGGAAAACGGAACGCGUGACUCGGAAGAGGAGGCAGUGCCUGUAGGUCGCCGAAAGUUGCAAGACCUCAGUUUCGGACCCCUCCCCGCUUCUUCGGAGUUCAAAAGCGUCUGUGGCCUUCGCGCUGUCCUGACGCAGCCGAGGAGAGAAGAUUUGGAGACAGAGAAAAGGCGACUCGAGGCCUGUCUUCUUUCCUCUGGAACUCGCGGGGCGUCGGACCCUGUUCGCGUCGGAGAGAGAAACAAGAGAGGUUUGAAGCGUCUGAAGAAGAAGCUGCAGCAACUGGAGAAGGAGCAGCGACGCCUCGAGAGACAAGGCAGAAACAGCUUCGGUGCUUCGGGACGCGCCAGACAAAAUACACAAGUUUUCUUCGAAGCUGACAGCGACGCUGAGCGAAACGACGACGAGAGCGAAGCCGAGGCCGAGUCUGCACUGAAGGCCUCCACGCCUGUGAAAGAAGAAACGGUCUUGCGUUCGUCCUCAAAACAGAGAACGCUUGAGGAAGACUGGCGCGCAAACGCUUCAAAUCCGUCUGCGCCUGCCCUCGUGAGUCUCUUAAGUUCCUCUUCGUCCGAGAGUGGAGACGACGCCCCGUCCGUGAGCGCUCGCCUUGGCCGGGCCGGCCGCCGAGGGUCGAGCGGUCGGAGGCGCGCUGAGGCUUCUUUGGCCGCUUCCGAUGACAGGUCAGAGAGCUGUUCACCUCGAAAGCGAUCCGGCGUUGAGAACAGAAGCUCGACAGGUCUCGCGCUUCUAGCCUGUCGUUCUCGAAGUGGAGCGUCUGGUUCUUCGAUAGCCUCUUCCGGAACCGAGUCAGAAUCCGAAGUCCCGAACGAGUCGAGCCGCGCGCCCAGAGCAACUUGUGGGGCGUCUCUGCGUGCGUCGCGUCCCCGAGCCUCGCCGCCGAGUGUCAUGAGAGACUCAGGUCCCUCUGGGGAGCCGUUUUCGAGGACCUCGCAUGAAGCAGAAGCAAUUGUGCUUUCUUCGUCAGACGCCAGCGAGGCCGAAGAGCGGAACGAGAAGUUCGAGAAACGCAAGUCUGUACAUUCUGCACUCCGAGGAGACGCGGGAGGCCUGACGAACGGCGAGACGUUCAAUGGCGCGGGCGCCGAGAGCGAGAGGACUCAGAGGCGUUCUGACAGCGCGGAAGAGUCAGGGGAAUUGGAGGGAGAGGCCAGAAGCGACAGCGAGAAAGAAGAGCCAGAGACACCGGCAAGCCGAGCGCUCAAGGCGGGGGCGAGAGUGAGACUCGCAGAGUUCCGGUCCUUCGAUUUAGGCAGCAAAGAGGCGGAAGAAACUGCAGGAAAUGUCCUGACUCACUUGGCGCGCAGAAACGCGGUCGGUCGAGGCUGGGAGGACGGAAGUUCGGAGUGAAGCGCUCGAGCCGAAGACGAAAAAACGAGACAGAAGAAAAGGAGGAAGAGGCGCGCAGACAGAGGAAACAGAGGAAGGAAGAAGGGAGGAGACAAACACCGGGACGAAGAAGGCGCCGGUGCCGGAGGUUUGCAAAGAAGACAUCGAGAAAGAGAGAUGGAGAAAGAACAGAAGACAUCGUGCGGCCUGUUUGGGGAAGAUCGAGCAAGAGUGUGGACGAGCCAAGUCGGGAGGGAAGCGUUCGCGAAAAGAAAAAAGGUGACAAGGAAAGCGUGAGACAAAGAAGUAAAGCAACGAUGUGAAAAUGAAGGCGACCUAGAAGAAAGAGAAGUGACGGAGAAAAAGUAUGCCACCGAAGCGGGAGGAAUUUCGGGUCUCCGCUGUUCGCACAGACCUCACGCAUGCACAAGCGUCGACGUACGGAAACAGCUCGCUAUAUAUAUAUAUAUAUAUAUAUAUUUCUUUAUGUAUCCUUGUAUAGAUAUAUAUAUAUAUAUAUGCCUAUAUCUCUGUACGUCUGCAUGUAUAUCCUAUUUUGAAGCGCGUAGUUCUGGAGUCAAGUGAAGGACUACAGGCAUGGUCCUUGGCGCCUGAGUUCUAAGUGCAUCAGCACAACUUUGUGUCUUCAGUUUUGAGACAUCAUUUUGUGCGUUUUUAGACGUUGUGGCAAGCGCACUGGUGACCUGCAUGCAGACAGAGGGAACAUUUGAGAAGUGAAAGGACGGCAUUUGCCAUUGAGGAGUUGUUUCUCGAGGGAGGAGCCUCGGAGGCUCCCAGCUUGCCGGGAAGACAAUUUGUGGAAACAUUCAUAUCGAGAGGAAGGUCUCGACCUGGCAUUUUUCGAGCCGUUUCAGACCUCACGCUCGAGAAACAAAGAGACAAGAAAAGUUGACAGACACGCAGAAACCAAG